CAGUGGGUGCAGUGCCUGAAUAUUUAUUAUAAAUAUGAUAAAAAAAAGUUAAAAUAAUCUUUGCUCAUAACUGUUUAUAGUUUCAUAACUUGAUUUGGUUCUGACAGAACAUGGAGGAUGAGUACAGGUGUGUGAAAAAUAUGUUUCUUUGAGACUCUACCGCAGAUAUGGUGAAUUGUUAUGACUAAAUAAUAAUAAUAAUACAAAAAUAUAACAACAACAAAAACAACAACAAUAAUGAUUAUAAAUAAAGCAGAGUAAAAAAAAUGGAUAAACAUAUUAUAUCUUGGUCCCCCUCUGAAUAUCAGAUAGGCUCCAUCUUCUAGCAAUCCUAUAAAUAAAUUGAAAUAAAUUUAAAAUAAAUAACUAAAUGAAAGUUUGGAUGUCUCUUCCGCAUGUUUCAUAUUGUUAAUAAUAAUAAUAAUAAUAAUAAUAAUGUUAUUUUUCUCUGUUGGGUCAUUUGAAUGUAACUGCGUUGUGCUGACGUAAGCAACAGGUUGGUCGGAGAGCCCCUCGCGGCUGCCUCGUGCCUGCAGUUCUCCCCCCUCCUCACCCAGUCAGAGCGCGUGCUGGUACUGUACAUCCCCGUGUCCUCUCUCACACACACACACACGCACACACACACGGAGCUCGAGAGGCUGCACCGCCGCACGAGACUGCUGCAGCAGCGGAGGGCUCGUGCUUCACAGCGUUCACCGAGCUGAGGACGAGGCAGAGUUGACGGACCGGCGAGCAGCGAACACGUCUGUCAGGUGAAGGUGGUGCGGAGGCUGACGCUCCUGCCUCUUUUUUCCUCCGUCCUCUCUCGCUCUCUCUCUGGACUCUACUUCAUCCUCCUCUUCCUCCCUCCCUCUCUCUCUUCCUCUCGCUCUGUCUUUCUCUGUGAUGCCGGGCUGUGGGUGAUUGUAUGCCCGUGACCAGACUGAAGCUGGGGAAGCUAAAGGUGGUGCGGCGGCAGCUGCUGCAAAGGUAUGAACACCAGCCGUUUGUCUCCUGCCUGGCCGGCCUCUACGGUUGCCAAUGGAGACGAUACCAAAGAGCGCGGGCGCAGCCGGGAGAGUGCUGCUGCAGCAAGGUGGAGUGUGGCAGUUUUGGCCUCCUGAUCCUCACCUUCUUCCUGAGUUUUUUGUUCCUGUAUUUCUGGAGUGAAGCUCAGAACGACUACAACGACUUUGACUGGUUCAACUUUGGGACUCUGGGGUUCUGGUUUCCCUGGUCUCUGGUCCUGUUGGUUGUUGCUGCUUCUCUCUUCACAUAUAUCGCUCUACUGCUGGUUCUGGCGUUGUGUCUGCUGUCUGAGGGUCAGAGGCUGUACCUCCACUGGAGCCACAAGACUGGCAUCGUGGUGACGUUGGCGUUCUCCGUCACAGCCACGGCCAUCCUGUCGGAUCUCUGGAGCAAAGAAUGGAAGACUCUCCUCCUCUCGCUGCAGGUGACGGCACCUUUCCUCCAUGUGGCUGCAGUCUCACUCAUGGUGAUUCUCGCCUGGCCAAUAGCUUUGCACUUCUUUCGCAUGAACAAGAGAGUGCGUCAGGUGGCUGUCCUGGGUCUGUACCUGUCCGUGCUGUUCACUCUCUACCUGGUUCCUCUGGGGAUGUACUCACCCUGCAUCAAAGAGGCAGGAACCCUGGGACCUUUCCCGAAACUCAUCGGACACAGAGGAGCCCCCAUGCUGGCUCCAGAGAAUACUGUGAUGUCGUUUGAGAAGGCAGUGGAAGCUGGAGGAGAGGGACUGGAGACCGACGUCACCAUCAGCUAUGACGGCGUUCCCUUCCUGAUGCAUGACUCCACUCUGAGGAGAACCACUAAUGUCGCAGAGGUUUUUCCAAAUCGAACACACCACGAUGCCUCCAACUUCACCUGGGCAGAGCUGCAGCAGCUGAACGCUGGCAACUGGUUCUUAUCGAGGGAUCCAUUUGGUACCGUGUCAUCCCUGUCAGAGGCAGACUGCUCCCAGGCCCAGAACCAGUCUGUUCCCUCACUAGCCCAGUUCCUGGAGGUAGCGGCUCGAAGUGGCAGACUAGUGAUUUUUGAUCUGCGCAGGCCACCAUACGGACAUCCCUACCAUCAGUCAUACAUCAACAUCACUCUGCAGGUGGUGCAAGCCCACAUCAACUCCUCACAGGUGCUGUGGCUGCCAUCUGAGGACAGGGAGCUGGUCCAGGCUGUGGACCCACAGCUGCAGCAGACAUCUGGAGAAAAGGCCUCUAUUAAGGAACUGACAGACGGCCACAUCACCAGACUGAACCUGCACUACAGCACCAUGUCACAGCAGCAGAUCAGUAAGUACCAGUCAGAGAACAUCAGUACAAACCUGUACGUGAUCAGCCAGCCGUGGCUCUACGCUCUGGCCUGGUGUGCUGGAGCUCAGUCCGUAACCACCAACUCCAUCCACAUCCUGUCCAACAUCGACAAGCCGCUCUUCCUAAUGACUCCAGAGGAAUACAGUUUGAUGUGGAUUCUGACUGAUGCUGUGUCUGCCUUCCUCAUCACUGCAGUUUUCAUAUUCCAUUGGUGGAGAGAGAGAGGCCUGCCCUUCUGGUCUGGCAGCCGUCAGACUCAUGAGAAUGGACCUUACAGCAAGUUCAGGACAGACUCUUCAGACAUCAUCUGUGUUCGUUGGAGCCCCGUCCACUCUGAACCCCCUGCUGGAUCCCUCGUCUCCCUCCCCUUGGUCUUCAACCCAUGACCCCCUGCAUGUCAGCCCUGCAUGUCAGUCCCUCAGGAACCUUAGCUGAGUGAUGUGUGGUCCAUCUCCAGCGUCAACGUCCGGCCUGACCUACGGAGCACGCCCAGUUCACCCAGUAACCCUCACCUGCCCACCAUCACGGAGGAGUGACUGGGAGGGACACAGAGAGAGAUGAAGCUAGAGAGAGGCGAGAUAGAGACAUACAGAUAAUGAGAGAUGGAAAAAACACACAUAAGAGAGAGAGAGAGAGAAAAGUUCAGAGGAACCCAGACGUGUCAAUCACUCAUGCAAAAAUAACCAAAUCUGUUUUUGUCCUUUGCUGACAUUGUGUGUCACUCAUACUGAGAAGCAGAUUGAGAAAAUAUCUUGAAAUUGAAGAAUAAAAAUAAUGAAUUCUCCUAAUAAGAGAAGAAGAAAAGAGCAGAUUUGGGGAAUAUAUAAGAAUCAGGACAAAGUGACCAAAGUGAGGUAAAGUCAGAGACAACACACUCUCUUCUUUCUCCACUUCCUCUCUCAUCCUCUCAGUCUGUGGGCCGAGUGCCUGCAGAAACUGAACCGCUGAACCAAACCUCAUUCACUGAUCUGCCAUCAGGGACGGAGCUGAGAGACUCUGGAGACGAGCCCAGGACCGCCAGCGUUCAUUUUCAUACUGCUAUUUCAUAGAUGCCAUUAAAACGCCCGGGCAGUGAGGACAGUUACACACUGGCCCAGAGGCUGACAUGUUCGAAAAACAUGUUCAUCAUUCAACUCCACCAGCUGAGCUCAACAACACAAGACGUGAACGAAAUGAAACCUCACAGAAGAAACAAGGAACGAAUGAACAUACACUUUCUAUUUUCACUCUUUCCGUCUCGUGUUUCUAGUCGAUAAAAACCAAAAGAGUGAAGUUGAAGCUCUGAGUGAAAACUGACGGUGAUGAAAAGACAUCUGGACGCUGCUAAAAAUGGACUUUGAUCAUCUUCAGUAGGAGCUUUACUUUUUCAUUUUCAGCUGUACAGAUAUCAGGUGCAUUAGACCAAACCUUAAACCAUGUCUUAAGAUUUAAUCUCUGUGAGUUGUUGGAUGUGUUGUGUGAACUGUUGGACUGACAGACUGAAUGUAAACCUGAGGUUUGAGAAGGAAUUGUUAGUUACUAUUUAUGUUUUGUACUAAAGUGAAUGUAUUAUCAUGUGGAGCCAUGUUUCUCAAAAGCAUAAGAGGAAUGUUUUGGCCAGGAGUCUGUUUGGCUACAGGUUUGUGCCAAACGUUGGUGUCAGCUGCUCAGAAUAAAGAUAAAGAUGCUUUUGAGAAACCAGAGGCGGUGAUUACAGCUUCUGCUUUCUCCUCAUAUACGCACACAGUACUUUCUGCAAGAAUGACUUAGUAGUCCGUCUGUACAAUGUCGUUCUGACUGAAACUGAUUUUAGAUCUGAAAUCCGGAGUGUCUUGUCUCGACUUUUCAGGUGUGAAAUCCAUGAGGUUGGAGGCCUUGGGUUUCUGAGGGCGAUGGUGUUGGAGAUGAAGCAGGACGAGCUGCAGUAAGUGCCAUUAAAAAGAAAAAAGACUAUAGUUUUCUUUUCAGUGUUUAGAAUUACAAAAAUGUAUCCAUCCAGCAAAGCAAACAUACAGGAAUUAAUUUAUAAAAUGUUGCAAUAGUUUCCGACAAAUCGUCAAUGAAUAAAUCCAACAUGGUUGCCAUUGGGCUGCUCAUUACAUUUUACUCAACCAGCCUUUCAUUUAAGAUUUUAUCUCCCAUUCGGAGUCGUUUUAGCUGUAGUCUUAAUACUGAACUUUUCAAGUUUAGGACUUUUGUGUCCGGUUUCAUGUUGGACUCACACCAGCCUGGUUGAGGUCUGUCUGACUGAGGUGGAUGUUUGAAGACAGGUGAAUGUUUGGCUGCUAUCAGAAGUUUCUGGAUUAUUUAUUUUGUCUUAAAAAAAACUUUAGUGCAACACGAGACCUCUGAAUGAGACUGUGGUCAGUGCAUUCCUCCGUCCUGAGGUCAGAAUGAAACAUUGCUUAUAGGACUGAAGUCACUGCAGAAUCACGACUGUCUAAGACUGCAAAUGCAACAAAGCAACUUAAUGUACUGUACUGUAUUGUAAUAUGAAUAAGUGGCUAGCACUUUCUUUAACUGUAUUUGUGUUCCUGUUGAGAAUAUAGUAGCUGAUCUGUUGUGUAGGAUAAACAGUAAAGCUUUAUCAAUCGCUGCACAAACAGCCAUAUUUAUUCUAUUGAUUAUGAUGUUUCUCACUGUAAGGCCAUUCAUUUGAAGCGAGUUCCUUUGGAAAUGCAUUUCGAGCCUUGCAUGUGAUGAAUUUAUUCAGCGUUUAUUUAAUGGAUGCUUUCUGAAAGUGAUACCCCACCAAAAAUCUAUCUCGUUAGUGUUGAACUCAGCUGGAGUAGACGGCAAUGGAGUCUGUAAAGAGAUUUCUAUGAUUCAAGUGCUGACAAGUUUUUACUUGAAAACAAAAUAACAUUCAUAGAAACUUAUUUAUUUCCUAAAACACAAACGGAUAAAAUGGCAGCAUCUCACAGAUCAAAAACAAUAAAAUCUGGUGAACAGCAGCGUUUAUUUAAAGGCCACUGAGUCAUUUUAAAUUAAUCAAAAAAAGUCAAAAUGAUCUAUUUUCACUAUUUUCAGUUUUUUUUUUAAACAUUGAAUAGACAAAAUGACGAAUCAGUUAAUUGAGAAUAAUUCAUCAGAUUAAUUGACAAUACAAGAAUUGUGGGCUGCAGUCGUGCUUCAUCACAUGAUUAUGUUUCUGUUUCUGACCUCUGGAGUGCUGCCGUUUCUCUUCUGAUUUAAGUCUCUGUUUUGCUUUUAAAUCUUUAGAUUGUGCUACAAACAUCUUAACAAACAGUUAAGUUGUGUCAAUAUUACAUUGUUUUCUCGUGCAUGCUGCUCUGCAUGUUAUAUCAGUUAAGAUAAUGCAAAAAAACUUGAAGUAAUGUGGUCAAACCAUAAAGAUUUAGAGGAAAAAACUCAGACAAUACUCAGAGGAACUGGAUGUUUUUGACACCAAACGCACAUCAUCAGGCCACAGACUCAGCUCCUCCACCUUCACUUCAGACUUCACUCUUUCAUUUCUGACCCAGUCAUCAUUAACACAAUGUACCUGCUGUGCUGUCCUGAUGUUGACAACAGUUCUCUGUAGAUAUGAAUAUUUACAGGACAUGUUGGAGGUCAGUGCUCAUGUAAUGGAAUUAUCUCCAUAUCAGAGCUUUGUUUCAGAUCUGGAAUGGUUUGGUAUCUGUUGGAGGAGGACGCUGUGGUCCUGUUAGAUGCUGUUAUACUUUCAACAUAAUGUGAAGAGAAAGUCAAACUUUUGAUCUCUUACAAUUAGAUCUUACCAAAAAAUCACACUGAAAUAAUGAGUGUCAUCUGAAAUCUGAAGGUGUACAAAAGCUCAACACUGUCUGAAUAAUGCACUGCAGCACUUGUUGCUGAGGAAAAAUAAGCUAAGGUAUAAUAGAGUAGUAUUAUAUGGGUAUCAUAGUAUAGUCCAGAUGCCAUUCUUCAAAUGGUUUAAUCUCUGUAGCAUUUUACAUCUUGUGCUGUACUCAACGGCUAUUUUUAUUUUAUUUUAAAAAAGCAUUCCCAGUCUUUGGUUUCCUUUUUUUGUACUGUAACUUUUCUCUGUUUGUAAAUGCUACUGUCAUCUGGUAUUAAAACGUUAGAAAAAAG